AUGGAAGAACAACCAUGGACACAAGACGCCUCUCCCGGGGACCGAAGAAUCGUCCGCAGGCUCGGAUGCAUCGAAUCUUACCAGGUAGCCCUCCAGAAUCUUGACCACAUGCGAGGCAAUAUACUAGCAUGUCGAUACACGCUGCCGGCACGACUUGUUCCUCACCAAUUACAGCAUGAACUGGUCAGCACUUUUGAGACAGCCGUUGCUCACGUCGUGCUUAAGCAUCCACACAUGCAUGUUGGCCUCACGGGCGAGGGUACCGACAAACCCUGUUGGGUCCGCCUGGACAGCAUCAAUCUUCAAGAACAUGUCGAGUGGCACACAGUGAGGGGAGGCACCGACCACUUCCAAAAGGCGUUUCUGAGUGCCUCGAGCCAAGCGCUCGAUGCCAAGUUCAUCAACUACCACACUGCGCCAGGAUGGAAAAUCAAGGUCCUCCGCCAAGAAGGCGCAGACUUCAUUGAAGUCCUCCUCGUUUUCAACCAUACCAACAUGGACGGUGGCAGCGCAAAGACCUUUCAUAAGGACCUACUUCAGAGCCUCCACGAUGCUCCCCAGAUACACGAUGACCAUUUGACUGGAAACCAUGUUCUGACACUCCCGGAGAACUCGACUGCAAUGCUCAGCCCGCCUCCGGAAAACCUUGUUUCACUUCCGGUAGAAGCCGGCGCGAUGCUCGAAUUCUUGCAAGUUGAAGUCCGAACGCCAGCAGCCAAGUAUCCGAGAAGCUCGGCACAAGCGCACUGGGCCCCGAUUGUUACAGCACCAUUCAAGACACAGUUCCGAAGCAUUAGUGUUCCGAGCCAUGUGCUUUCGAAGCUGGUACAGGCUUGCCACCACCGCGAGACCACUCUUACGGGCCUUCUUCAAGCACUCGUCCUGGUGUCACUCGCGGCUCUCCUCGAGCCAUCAGACGCAACGGCAUUCGGGUCCUUGACGGCCAUGGACUUCCGGCGCUUUCUGCCUUCACAUCACAGGUGGUACCCAUGGUUCAAGCCGGACCGCGCCAUGUCCAACUACGUGACAUGCGUAAAUCACAUCUUCGACGAGGAUUUUGUGGCCCAGAUACGUUCCAGGCACUCACCCUACGCUCGCGAUGCCUUGGAGUUCGGGGUACUUAUGGAUCUUGCGUGGACGGCGGCGAGAAAGGUGCGCCAUGACCUCAAGGCCAAGCUGGACCAAGGAACCAAGAACGACAUGAUCGGCUUCGCGCAAGCCAUCGGUGAUUGGCGUACUCAGCUAACCGAACAUACUCGACGGCCGAGGCCCUCUUCAUGGGUCAUUACCAACCUUGGCUUGAUCGACGGCAGCCCCACCAGCCUGUUGUCAGCUGGAGAUGCAAAGCCUGAACCAGGCUCGACGUGGUCCAUGACCCGUACCCAACUCCUCAUGUGUGCCAAUGUGGUCUCUUCUGCCUUUGGUAUCUCUGUCGCCGCCGUCAAGGGAGGAGAUCUUGUCAUCACCAGUAGCUGGCAAGAUUGCGUCAUAGACGUUAACCUGGGAGAGGCCUUUGUGAAAAAUCUAGAGAGGUCGCUGAAAUUCACGGCCCAACAUCAGCGUGGCUGCCGUCUCUAG